AUGGGCUGGAUGUCAUGGGCAGCGUUCUAUUGUGAAACCGACUGCGAAAAAUUCCCGAACAGCUGUAUCAAUGAAAAACUCUAUCGUGACAUGGCUGAUCGUCUUGUUAAGGACGGAUUUCUUACUGCUGGUUACAAUCGUAUCCACAUAGAUGACUGCUGGAUGGAAAAUUUGAGGGAUGAGAAGGGACGACUCAUAGUUGAUCGUAAACGAUUUCCUAGUGGAAUAAAGAACUUGUCGAAAUAUAUGCACGAACGACAACUGGAGCUUGGAAUUUAUGAGGACAUUGGAACAAAAACAUGUGCAGGUUACCAGAAAAUGGGACGAGCACUGAACGCGACAGGUCGACGGAUGGGAUACGGUUGUGGCUGGCUGCUGUUCUUCAACACAGCCGGCUUGAAAGAUAAAGUCAACUACAAAGCUGUUAGGGCAACUUGCAAUACAUGGCGAAUCUACCUCGAUAUCGAGGGAUCGUGGAAGUCCAUUGCCGGCAUCAUUCAGUACAUGGACGAUAACCAGGAUGUGCUAGCGGCUGCUCAAGCGCCUGGAGGAUGGAAUGAUCCUGAUAUGCUCGUCAUUGGGUUGCCAAAUGUAACCUUUGAUCAGGCCAGACUACAGAUGACGUUGUGGUCUAUUUGGUCAUCACCUUUGAUCAUGUCGAACGAUUUGCGAUCCUUGAAGCCCGAAUUCCGGAACAUUUUGCUAAAUCGAGAUGUCAUUGCCAUCGAUCAGGACCCGCUUGGAAUAAUGGGAAAGGUUGUACGUAAGAGCGAAUCGAUCAGUGUCUAUGUGAAGCCGGUAACUCCCGUGCGUAAAGAUAGUACUUCCUUCGCUAUCGCGAUAGUGAAUAAGAACGAAUUGGAAUUCAGGAGUAUUCUAAAUCAAAAUAGAAAGAUGACAAGUAAAUUGAUGGGAGUUAUUGUAACGAAAGAUGAAAAGUGA